AGCUUUGUGAGCAGCAACAGAGAGGCAGAAGAGAUGGAGGGAGACCCAGGAAGCCUUGAAUCUUUCCUGAAGUGGGCUGCGACGCUGGGAAUUUCAGACUCAACCGACCAGUUCCAAUCUGAGUCUCCUUCAUGUUUGGGUUCCACCCUUUUAGUUUCAUAUUUUCCUGACGCAGGCGGUAGAGGGUUAGCUGCUGCUCGUGAGCUUGGAAAAGGAGAAUUGAUCCUCAGAGUUCCAAAAUCGGCUUUGAUGACCAGGGAACGUCUAUUGAAAGACCAGAAACUUGCUUCUUGUGUGAACAGAUACCCCAACCUCUCCUCCACUCAGAUAUUGAUUGUCUGUUUAUUGGCUGAAAUGGGUAAAGGCAAAGAUUCUUGGUGGUACCCUUACUUAAUGCAGCUUCCACGGACCUACGACACAUUAGGGGGCUUUACUGGUUUUGAGACUCAAGCUCUGCAAGUGGAUGAUGCUACCUGGGCUACAGAAAAGGCUAUAUCAAAGGCCAAGCUGGACUGGAAAGAAGCUCUUCCUCUUAUGAAGGAUCUUGAGUUAAGGCCACAGCUUUUAACUUUUAGGUCUUGGCUUUGGGCUUCUGCAACUGUAUCUUCUCGUACAAUGCAUAUACCAUGGGAUAAUGCUGGGUGUUUAUGCCCGGUGGGUGACUUUUUCAAUUAUGCUGCACCCGGAGAAGAAUCACUUCCCUCAGAAGUUGUGGAAAGUUGGAGACAAUCCUCUUCCUUGCAAGUUUGUUCUUCUGUGAAUGAUGGUACAACCGAGAAGUCAGAGACUGAUGUAUUUGAUAUCCACUCUCAGAGGUUGACAGAUGCUGAAUACAGGGAUGAUGUUGCUGCAUACUGUUUCUAUGCGAUGGAAAAAUAUAAGAAAGGUGAACAGGUUCUUUUAAGUUACGGAACAUACACAAAUUUGGAGCUUCUUGAGCACUAUGGAUUUAUUUUGAAUGCGAACCCAAAUGACAAAGCCUUUAUCCAUUUGGAAGCUGAUAUUCACUCCUCUAGUUCAUGGGCCAAGGAUUCACUGUAUAUCCAGCAAGAUGGGAAGCCAUCUUUUGCCCUACUGUCUACCUUACGUUUGUGGGCUACUCCACCAAACCAGCGAAGGUCACUUGGCCACCUUGCUUAUUCAGGAUCCCAACUGUCAGUGGACAAUGAGAUCUCUAUCAUGAGAUGGAUGAGAAACAACUGCUGUGUACUUCUAGAAAAUUUUCCAACUGCAGUUGAAGAAGAUGUGUUGCUGCUACAUCUUAUCAACAAAAUGCAAGAUAAUCCAUCUCCCAAAGAGAUUGAACAGAUGCUAUCUACUUCAGGAGAUGAUGUUGGUGCUUUCUUCAAAGCCUGUGGUCUGCUGAAGGAAAGUAAUGAGAUCCCAUUGCCUAAGAAAGCUAGAAGGUCAAUGGGCAGAUGGAAAUUGGCAGUUCAAUGGAGGCUCAGGUAUAAAAAUAUACUUGUCAACUGUGUUUCUUAUUGUAAUGAGGCUCUCAAUUUUCUUUCUUCUCAAAAUCAUUCAUCCAACAGAACUAUGGUAACGUCAUUUGGCAAUAAUUACAUAUUCUAAGGUAAUAUAAUGAGUUAGUUGUAGCAUUAAAG